AUGACAAACAUGGCUGCCAAGAAUCAGUUCAAAGGAAGCAGCUUCACACUAGCGCAGCUAAUCGAAGAAGUCGGACGUAACGGAGGAAAAAAGCCUGUGUUCCAGUAUAAGGUACCACGGUCGAUACGAUGGGCUUCAACUGCUCUAGCUGUAGUGUUUCUCACAUAUGGCGCUGCAUACACUGAUAUGUCGUGGAGAACUGCUCGAGAAGUGUACGGAAACGCUACUGAGGAAGAAAAACACAGCCCGUGGUUCAAGUGCAAAACUUUUGGGCCUGUGGCUUUAGGGGUUUUGCCUGUGAUCCUCGCUGCUGCCACGAAACACGUAACGUCAAGACUAGUCACAGAAAUGAAAUAUCUGCCACCGCUCAAGAAUAGUACGGUGCCACGGUGUCAAUUGACUCGACGCACUUACUUGUUAGGAAGACCAGUUUCUAUCACGAGGGAGAUCAAUGAACUGUCUAAAAAUAAGGCCACCAAGAUCUUCACAGGAGUAGGUUCUCAAGGUAUGGAGGAUAAGGCCACCUUUGUUUUCUUCACAGUGGAUGAAAAAGCACCCUCAUUUUUCAAUAAAUUUUACAUUUUCUCGAGAUCUGGUAGCGUUGUGAAGAAUGACGCCAGGAUCUUGGACUGCUUUUUCAACAGUGUGGCAGAAAAUAAGCUAUUGAACAGGUCAAUAUUAACUCAGAUCCUUUCACAUACGUCUGCCAAGACCCUAUUUCACUCGGGGAAUUCUAGAUCAUCCAUCAAGAAUAUCGUGAAGCCCAAAUAG